UGACCUCUCCGCCCGCCGCCCGGAGGGGAAGCGGAGGCAGAGGGCGGUGGGUCGGGGGCAGCGCUGCGCGCACCCGGCGAGUCGGGGCUCUGCGCGCUCCGGGGGGGUCCCGAGAGGGGGUGGGGGGGGAGGGCCGUGCCCACGGGGCCGCGCAGCGCUGGCGCUCGGCCAGUGCCUAUACUUGGAAGUGUCGGCGCGGCGUUCCCAUAUGGAACAAACAUUUGCUGCAGCCCCCGGCCGCGCUCCCAGGAGUGCUCGCGGAGGAGGCAGCGCCCAGCAGCCCCCAGCGCCCCCCACCUCUGCCCCCCCCCCGGGAUGCUGCAGGGAGCCCAGCACUGAGGUGGGCGCCAUGGGGCGCGCAUCGUAGCCCCCCCCCCGCCGUGGCCCCCCCGCGCGUGGCACCGGUGGCGGAGCCCACUCGGCCGGUGCUGGGCGCUCCUUGAUGGAAUUGCGGUGAAUGGAACAGAAGCCCAGCACCCUGGACCCGCUGUCGGAGCCAGAGGACACUCGGUGGCUGGAUGGCAAGCGCAAAAGAAAGAGCAGCCAAUGUUUGGUGAAGAGCAGCAUGUCAGGGUACAUCCCUAGCUACCUGGACAAAGAUGAACAGUGCGUGGUGUGCGGGGACAAAGCCACCGGCUACCACUACCGCUGCAUCACCUGCGAGGGCUGCAAGGGCUUUUUCCGUCGGACCAUCCAGAAGAACCUGCACCCCACCUACUCCUGCAAGUACGAUGGGUGCUGCGUCAUCGACAAGAUCACCCGCAACCAGUGCCAGCUGUGCCGCUUCAAGAAGUGCAUCUCCGUGGGCAUGGCCAUGGACCUGGUGCUGGACGACUCGAAGCGCGUAGCCAAGCGGAAGCUGAUCGAGGAGAACCGGGAGCGGCGGCGCAAGGAGGAGAUGAUCAAAUCCCUGCAGCACCGGCCCAGCCCCAGCGCAGAGGAGUGGGAGCUGAUCCACGUGGUGACCGAGGCGCACCGCAGCACCAACGCGCAGGGCAGCCACUGGAAGCAGAAGAGGAAAUUCCUGCCCGAAGAUAUCGGUCAGUCGCCCAUGGCCUCCAUGCCUGACGGGGACAAAGUGGACCUGGAGGCGUUCAGCGAGUUUACAAAAAUCAUCACGCCGGCCAUCACCCGCGUGGUCGACUUUGCCAAAAAACUGCCCAUGUUCUCGGAGCUGCCGUGCGAGGAUCAGAUCAUCCUGCUGAAGGGCUGCUGCAUGGAGAUCAUGUCGCUGCGCGCCGCCGUGCGCUACGACCCCGAGAGCGAAACGCUGACGCUGAGCGGGGAAAUGGCCGUCAAACGCGAGCAGCUGAAGAACGGGGGGCUGGGGGUCGUGUCUGAUGCCAUCUUCGACCUCGGCAAGUCGCUGUCUGCCUUCAACCUGGACGACACCGAGGUGGCCCUGCUGCAGGCCGUGCUGCUCAUGUCCUCAGACCGGACGGGGCUGAUCUGCGUGGAUAAGAUAGAGAAGUGCCAGGAGACGUACCUGCUGGCGUUCGAGCACUACAUCAACUACCGCAAACACAACAUUCCCCACUUCUGGCCCAAGCUGCUGAUGAAGGUGACGGACCUGCGCAUGAUCGGCGCCUGCCACGCCAGCCGCUUCCUGCACAUGAAGGUGGAGUGCCCCACCGAGCUCUUCCCCCCCCUCUUCCUCGAGGUCUUCGAGGACCAGGAGGUGUAGGGCCCCCCCCCCCACCGCCACCGCGCACCCCCCCCUCCCCUCCAAGCCCCCCCCGACCCCACGCUGUGUGCAGCCCCCCCCCCCCGCCGACCCCCCCACCCCGAUAUUUCGUUCUCUGCCCCCCGAGGGCGGCGGUGCUGCACGGGGUGGGGGGGUCACGGCAAAAAGAGGGGGGGGGGGGAGGGGGGGAAGAUGGAUAUGGGGGGGGGGAUCAGCGCCGCCGCUCGCCCCCCCGCGCCCCCCCCCCCGCCCCGGACGUUGCCGGGUUUUGUUUGUUUGCACAGGAAGGGCCCCCCCGCGGUCCCGGCGCGUCCCUUCUCUUCUGAGAUUCUUAUUUUUGAAGCAUUUAUUUCCCUCCCUGAGAGGCUAAAAUGUAAAACUGCACUUUGGAGAGAGGAGGAGGAGGAGGAGGAGGAGCGGGGCGGGCAGAGGGGGGGGCACCGCCCCGGCCACGCGCACUUUGGGGGCCACAGGGAGGGGUUGGGGGGCAGCGCUGUGGGGGGGGGGUCCCCAUCCCAUCCGAGGGGCCGCCACCCCCCCCAGACCCCCCCUUUUUGGGGCCGCGUUCGGGGCUUUGGGGUUUGGUUUUUCUCUGGCUUUCGGGUUUGGGCUGAGAGCAGCGGGUUCAGUGCCAAGCGCGGGCGGAGGGGGGGGGGGUCAGCCCCCCGCCCCCCCCUUUUUGUUCGUUGUUUUUUGGUUUUUUUUUUCCGUUCCCCCCCCCCUUUGUCCCCCCCCCUUUUGUCGAUUUCCGUCAAAAAAAAAAAAAGACAAAAAGACAAAAAAAAAGACAAAAAAAAAACAAACAAACAGAAACCCCCCCCCAAAAAAAAGGAAAAAAACCCACAAAAAAACCCACAGCGAUCGCAGUGGCCCCGGAGUGGCCAACACAGCGCGGCCCCCCCAUGCACUACGGCCCCCCCCCCCACACACCAUCAGCACUUCAGGGGGCGCUGAGCGGGCGGGGGGCGCAGUGGGGGCUGCCCGGAUGCUGUCAGCACCCCCCCAUAUCCCCCCCAUAUCCCCCCCCCCACCUUUUGGGUUUGUGAAUUUCUUGUUACCUCAGGCGGGGGCCGAGGGGGGGGCGCGGGGCAGGCAGGCGGGCGGCCCCGGGUAAGCUAAUAUAUAUAUAUAUAUAUAUAUAUAUAUAAAUCUAUAUGAAAUAUAUAAUUUUUGUAAUUAAAACAAAAAAUCUUUUUACGGGUCGUUGGAAACAAACAAACAAACAAAGCAGAAAUCCCAACGUGGGGCAUUUCCUACCCCCGGGGCCGGGGGGGGCCGGGAUGCGUCCCCCCCCCCCCCCCCACCCCCCAUCCCGCCUCAUCACGGCCCCCCCCCGGCCCCAACACCACGAGGGGGCCGUGAGGAGUGGGCAGCGGAGGCUGUGCUGGACCCCCCCCCCCCCCAACUCCCCACAGCUGGGCCCGGGGGGGGCACGGCGGGGCUGUGGCAUGGCAGAGCUGUGGUGCUGGGGGGGGGGGAUGCGGUGCUCUCGGUGCAAAAUGUCUUAAGCCCCCCCCAUCCCAGCACGGGGGUCCCAAUGGGCACAUCCCCCCCCCGGCACUGGGUUGUGCAAUAGGAGAUGUGGGAAAUGCCAAUGCCUGCACUGGGGGGGGGGGUGGGGGGGGGGUGGGGGGGGGCAGGGACGCGUCCCCCCUUUGGCAACGCCGCACGGUCCCCCCCCCCCCCCCUCUGCCCGCGGCCCCCGUGUGCGCCCCCCCCCCCCCCCAGGCCUCACCGUGUGCCUUCGGGUGGGGGCGCAGCGCCCGGGGGGGGGCCGUACCACGGCAGCACAGCGCUGCUGCAACGCGUGCGAUGCACGUGAGCUGCCGUGCUGCAGCGGGCCGUGCGGCGCUGCAGUCCCCGCGCGGCGUUGGUGCGGCGCGUGUGCAACGCGCGUGCAGCGACGGUGCCGCGCGCGACGCAAACGCCGCGGUGGCGCUGCGCCCGCUGCACUUCGCGUGCAACGCCCCCGCGACGGCCGCGCCGUUGCAGCGCCGUGCGGCGGUCGAUGCCCCGCACCGAUGCGGCGCCGCGCGUCGCUCCCGCAGUGCCGCUGUGCCGUCCCGCCCCGCAGCGCCCCGCGCUGUUGCUGCGAUGCUCCCCGCCCGCCGCGCCGACGCCCGCGCCGCCCCGCGCCCCCCCCCCACCUCCCCGCCGUGCCCACGCGUGGCCGCGUUGGGGCUGCGCUGGAUGUGUCUUAAAGCAGCCAACGCGCGCCCCCCCUCCCCCGGGUGGGCAGCACAGCCCCGGGGGAAGGGGGGGCGCGGCCCUUUUGGGGGUGUGGGGGGGGGGGGGGAGGGGACGGCCCAGCCCCGCUCUCCCCCUCGGGGGGGUCCCCGCGCCCCCCGCCGCCCCCCCAGGCCGCUCCGUCUGUCUCCGUCUCGUGUCGCCGUCGCACGUCCGAUGUGCUGUGCCCAGUGUGGGGGGGGGGGGGGGGGCGGCCCCCUCCCCGCGCCCCCCCCCGGCACAUACCUCAUGGCUCCGGGGCUGCCCCUGCGGGGGGGAGCGCGGCGCGGCGGGGCCCCCCCACUACUAUGCAUUGAGCCCCCCCUCCCCGCGGUGGGGGGGCCGCGGCGGGGAGCGGCUGAAUGUACGGCGCGGGGGGGGGGGUUGGGGGGGGCCGGGGGGGGCCGGGCGGGCGCUGCUGAGCUCCGUGACAAUCACAGUCUGUGACGUGCGAUUUUCAACCCUUUUGUGUUAUGGUCAGGAUUUUAAAGAAAGAUAUUUUUAUGGUAA